AACAUUUCAAAUCAGUUUGUCAUUGAGAAUAACAGAAAAUUGAAACUUUCAAUUUAAAUUUGCAAGUUUGAAGAAUUUUCUCUGAAGAAUUCCAUAAGAAUUCCUUCAAGUAAAAUCAAAUAGACGCUAAAAAUGGCACGUUUAGUCGAAAGGCCUCCAAAAUACUUACCCGAGGAAUGGCGACAUUCAAACAAGAUUCAAUACUCCAGUGCUGAAAAAGAACGCACGAUUGCCGAACGUAUUCGCGACGAAACCAAUCGUCUGGUACAAGAAACGGAUCAAAGUACAGCAAAAACGCAAGCGGACGUAGACAAAAAACUAAGUCAACGUCUUAUCGAUGUUAGUUACUGGAAAAGCGAACUGGAUCGCCAGCAUGCAGAGACUUGUAGUGAGAUUGACUCUCUGCUGAACUUCAAAGCUCGUUUAGACCAAGCAAUAACAAAUACUCAGAUCCCCUUAAAAGUUGUCAUGGACUGUUUGACUGCGAGGGAAGGGCGAGUGAAAAUUGACAAUGUUCACGACGAUGUGGAGGUUCAAAUGCUUAAGGAAGUUGAAAUGUUACAAGGUAUUCAAGCUUUAUUGACAAAAACGUUGGAGCAAAUCGUUGAACAAAUAAGAUUGAUGAGAUCUGCCAAGUAUUACCUUGAAAAGGAUAUGAAGGAUAAAUUUGCUGCUCAAUCAAUCGACAAAAACUGUGAAGGAUUGAAUAACAAAUCACCUAACAUCUAUUUUACAGACCAAAGUGCAAAAAUUGAAAAUAAAUCCGUAACACCAGAUGAGUGGCAGGAUUUUUCAAAUAAAAAUGUCUUAAAAGCAGAAAGAGAAAAAAACGCUUCUAUAAACUUAAGAAGCAUUGUUGAUGGCGUUCUCAUACAAACAUAUAACGAUCUGAAGAAACAAUUUGACAUCGUUAAUCUUGCGUUUGCUGAAAGGAUUGAGGAGACUGAAAAGACAAAAACUAAACUAGAGACACACUUGACAAAGGUCAAAGAAGAAAUUAAUGAAAUGGAAAUAAAUAUUGAGAAAAUAAAGCAAGCAAUACUUGAAAAACAAGCGCCAAUGAAAGUGUCCCAAACGCGAACAGAGAACCGAGCCCAAAGGCCAAACAUAGAGUUAUGUCGUGAUCCAGUGCAAUAUCGUCUUCUCAAAGAAAUGGGAGAAAUUAGCACGAAUGUUGUAAGGCUUUACGAGUUGCUUGAAGAAGCUGAAAGAUCUCUUAAAGGUCUGACACGAAAUAAAUUGUCACUUGAAGAGGAGAUAACUAUCAAGACAUCAUCGUUGCAUAUAGAUCGUGAUUUAUGCGUGGAGCAUCGAAAACAAAUUAAACAUACGCAAUAUUGAAUCCAAUCUGAAUGAAAAAAUUAAUCGAGACCAAAGUAAUCUAAAGAUAUGCUUGCUUUUGCUAAUUGUUAUAUAAACUAAUGAUGAAAUUAUUGUGUGAUUAUAUAUUAUCAGAUCAUUUUAUAAAACAUCGUGACACCUGAGAUUAAAUUGAAAAACACAAUUU